AUGAUCGUGCGGGAGAGCCCCAAGGCCAAGGCCACGAACAACCCGCCGAACUGGCCGCCCAAGUCGCCCUACGAAGCGCUCCUGAGCUCCCCGUCUGGCCGCCGCAGGCACGAAGAGCGGCGCGCGCGCAACUCGGUGUCGCCCUCCCCAACGAAGCGCCGCCCUGUGUCGCUGCACCAGGUGCAAGACGACGGCGACACCACCGAAGACGAAGACGAGGAGACGCUCCAGCUCAAGCUGCAGUCGAUCGAGGCACGUCUCAAGCUCAAGCAAAAGCAACUGCAGAAAGCGCGCAAGGCUGAGCCAGAGAGCCGUGCAAUACCAACACGGCACAGAGCAGACCUGCCGCGACCAGAGGCAGACGUACAGGUGCCCGUCUCACCCACGCGAGCUCGCCUCAUCCUCGACGAACCACGAAGUCCUGCACGGGUGCUGCUUGGUAUCGACAAGGGCCUCAAGGCCUCCCAGGUCAGUCUUAAGCGUCCUGGCCAAAUUGGAGCAAGAAAUGGCCUCGCACGCGCCAAUACGACCGGUGCAGUAGGGACGCCCAAGAUCAAGUCGUUCAGCGAGCGCAUUGCCGAGAGCAGAAGCAAAGAGAAGCAGCGCGAGGAGAACGAGCAAAAGCACGAUGAGAGGAGGACUCGAGGGUUCGGUCUGAGCAGCAUUGCGGGACUUAAACGAGAACGGCCGACAUCAUCACGAGGCUCUUCAUUCACUUCAGCCACCUCAGAACCCCGGAGCUCGUUCACAGACAUGCCACCACCAGGUCCCAAAACUCACAGCAGAACACACAGUCGACUACUAGGCUCGCAAGAGAAUCCACCUACACCACGCCGAGGUUCAGUCCCUGAUGCACGUCCACCAUCAUCCGCGUCAAGACCGUCCCCCAGAGGUUUCCAGGCCACAGCAACUGCCUCCAAGUACGAAGAGAUUGUGCAGCGCAACGAUAGUUUCGACGCCCCCAGCUUCGAGUCGUUGUCUGGCUUACAUCUGAAGUCGCGGGAGAUGCAGCACAGUGCCGUCACUCGCACGUUGGAAGGCAAGACCGUUUUUACAAUACCGCAGCUGUUAAAAAAUGUCAAGGCGCCUGACUACGAUCCGCCAGACUGGGAGAACGACUACGUGGUUAUGGGCGUGAUAUGCUCCAAGUCUUCACCACGCGACACCCAAAACUCAGCCCGCGAUAACUCCAGAGGCAGUCAGGAACGUAAUGCAAACCAGCACGGCAAGUUCAUGGUCAUACGGCUGACGGACAUGAAAUGGGAGCUCGAUCUGUUCUUGUUCGACAGCGGUUAUGAACACUUCUGGAAGCUGCCCAUCGGCACGCUAGUCGCUAUCCUCAACCCAGACAUCAUGCCCCCAAAAGAUCGCACCAGUGGCAAGUUCUCGUUAAAGCUCACGAACUCUGACGAUACGGUACUUGAAAUUGGUCUUGCAAGAGAUUUGGACUUCUGUCAUGCAAAGAAAAAGGACGGCAGGGAAUGCGGCCAGUGGGUCGAUGGGCGGAAAACUGAGUUUUGCGAAUUCCAUCUACAACUACAAGUCGAAAAGAGCAAAAAAGGCCGCAUGGAAGUCAACGGUAUGGUUGGGUCAGGCGGUGGAGGCGGCAUGUUCGGUCGAAGAGGCCCAAACGGGUUCAAAGGCGACGAACUCCGCAAAGAGGGCAAGUACCACGACCGGUACCUACAUGAGACCAUGUUUAUUGCACCGCGACCGGGAGGUGCUGCGCGUGCGCUCGACAAAGAUGAUCAAGGUUUCGAGCGAGGCGGUAGUCGAGAAGAGCGUCAUCGCAGACAGCUUGCUGCGAAAGAAAAGGAACGGGAUCUAGCCAAGAGACUGGGGCAAAUGGGAGAGGGUACCACAGGCGGCGACUACCUCAAGCGCAGGAUUGAUCCUUCUACGGCUCUGCCGACUAAUUCGUCUCAAGAGUUGGCCAACGCAAGACAGAACAAGGCUAUAGAGAGCGACUUUCGCGGACUUCUCAACCGGAAGGCAGCCGACGUCUCUCUAAAUCGAAAAGCAAGCGGUUCCUUAGUACCAUCGAAACGGAAGCACUCGAAUGCAAGCAAGGCAACUGCUGCCAGUGCCAGCGAACCCAUUGGCUGGGGUGGGGCCUAUAGACGUGGCCUCGUCCUGUCACCACACAAGGCUCGCCCUCUCUCGCCAAGCAAAAGCCGUCCUGACUCUGCAAUGCGAGGUACGAGGGCCGGUAGCCCAGCAAAAAAGAAAGCACGCCUGCUGCUACCCGAGAAGGGCAUACGUGAGCCUGGUCGGGAGAGCCUGGGAGGUCUCGACAUUGGGCUCAUUGCAGCUAUGGACGACGAUGAUGAUGACUUGGAAGUGGUCUAA